AUGCUUUCCACGAUCCGUACCGUCCUCCCAAGGCGGAUAACUCCUCGAAUUGCAUCUUCAAGAUAUAUUACCAAGGCGAUCGGAGUUACUAGACAGACCGAGAAAUCUGCUACAUCGUUCAUUAUCCCGAAUACCACUCCUUCGUACCGAACGUUCGCUACUACCCGUCUGCUACGCCAAGAGGCUGCGGUUCAGCAAGAUGCCGGGUCGCAAGCCGCUGCAGCAGCUCCCAACAGUCAUCCUACUACCUUCGCUGGGCUUGCAGAUAUCGGGAUUAAUGAGAAAAUUGUCCAUACCAUCACCAACAACAUGAAAUAUACAGAUAUGACAGAGGUUCAGGCCAAGACUAUUCCCGUUUCUCUCAGUGGUGCCGAUCUUAUUGCUCGAGCCAAAACCGGUACCGGAAAGACACUUGCUUUCCUUAUCCCAUCCAUCAGCAAGCUUCUCAACAGUGGCUUAAAGAAGCCAGAAUACCCCCAGAAUAUCAACGGACACAAGUCUUUUGCCGAUCCCCGUAUCCUCGUCAUUUCCCCGACCCGAGAGUUGGCUGAACAAAUUGCGAAAGACGCCUUUCUUCUCACCCGUGGCACCAAUUUACAUGUCUCCUGCAUGGUUGGUGGUACCGGAAAAUCCUACUCGAUCAGAGAUUACCACCAAAGGGGGGCUAAUAUCUUGGUCGCCACCCCUGGUCGCCUUGCAGAUGUUCUCUCUGAUCCAAGCUCCGGAGUUGACAUGAAGAAUCUUGAAACGCUCAUUUUUGACGAGGCCGACUCGCUCAUGUCGAUGGGAUUCGAGAAGGAGGUCCGGGAAAUCAGAAGCUACCUGCCCGAGGGAAAACAGACCCUCAUGUUCUCUGCUACCAUGCCCGACAAAGUUCGUCAGCUGAUUUCUGAGAAUAUGCGUCGCGGAUUCAAGUUCGUCAAUACCAUCGACCCGAACGAAGCUGAAACACACACCAAGGUUCCACAGCACGUAAUCAUGUGCGAGGGAAUGGAGAAUUUGCACCCAACUCUGUUCGAAUUGCUUCAUCGUGAAAAUGACAAAGCAAAAAAGGCCAAUGAAUCUUUCAAGGCCAUGGUUUUCUUCCCUACAGCUCGUGGAGCUGAACUGGCAGCAAUGAUGUUCCGUCGCGUCAGACUCCCUGGAAGCGAAGGCCACCCAUUGUUCCCACUCGAUUUGAUCCAAAUCCACUCUCGUCUCACUCAAUCCCGCCGUACUGAGGCCGCAAACGCCUUCAGACGGGGUGAAAACGCCAUUCUAUUCUCUUCUGAUGUUACUGCCCGCGGCAUGGAUUUCCCCAACGUCACCCACGUUAUUCAAGUCGGUACCCCAUCAAACCGUGAGCAAUACAUCCAUCGUAUCGGCCGUACCGCUCGAGGAAAGAAUAUCGAGAGUGGCCGAAGCGUCGGGUACCUCAUUCUCAGCGACCUUGACGCCCGAAUUGCUCUCAGAGAACUUCGGGGCAUUGACCUUAUCCACGACCAAAAUGACGACUUGGUAUCAAAGUCCGCUAAACUCAGCGAUCUUGACACCUUACACCCCAGGGCUUCAGAAUUCGCUAGAGCCAUUGUAGAAGCUUGCGGCCGUCUGGACUCCGCCCUUUUGAAGCAAGCUUGGCUUUCGAGUAUUGGAGCUUACAACACACAGGGAAUUGAUGGUAUGGAAAUCGUCAGGUCUUUGUUCAAUGUUUCCAAGUACAACUUUGGACAUGAAUUCCCACCACCAGUAUCCAGAGAUUGGGCUCUCAAAAUGGGACUUCCAUUUGACUCUGCUGUCCGAAAGGGCUGGCUUGCACCUAUGGAAGCGUCAGAGGUUCGAGGUAGAAAUGCUGGUGUAGCUUAUUCAUCCAGGACUGGACGUAUGGAUGGUGCUCUCCAAGAUUCUGAUGGGGGAAGGCAAGGAAGUUACGACAGUGGAAGCCGUGGUGGAUCUAGUUUUGGUGGCCGCGGGGGAUAUGGUGACAGGUCGGGUGGUGGCCGGUCAAGCGGUGGUUACGGAAAUAGACAAGGUGGAGGUUCGGAUAGACGAGGUGGAGGUGGGUAUGGUGGUAGAAGGGAUGGCGGAAGUGGGUACGGAGAUAGACGAGAGGGUGGCAGCUUCGGUGGUAGGAGAGACGGCGGUGACUUCGGGGGUAGGAGAGAGGGUGGCCGUGGCGGCUAUGGAGACAGGUCCGGAGGUGGCUUCCGACCAAGAGGCGACAGGCAACCUCGUGAAGCGUAUUAA